UUGAUUUGUUAGGUAUCGGCGUUCGGUUCGAUUGCGCACCUCCGGUUCUGGUUGGCGCAACUCUUCUGCCUCUUGUUCUGCCCGAUGGGUUGCGGUCAAUCGGAAACAAAAAUUGGUGAUCAGUCGAAGAUCUAGGUCGGACCUAGAAAGACAGAGAAUUGAUCAGUCGUCGUCGUGCGAUCGCGGUUUGGUCCCAUUUUUUUGGAUUUGGACUUAAAUCUUUAACACCUGGUUGGUGUUUGUCCCUCUAGUCUAUUUUAUUGGAAACUACCGGCUCCAGCAUGGCUUCCAAAAACCUUCGCCGAGCGAGCAGUAUUGCAGUUUACGACGAAGAUGAAGAGCAGAGGCUUAUCAUUAUGCGCAAAGCAUUCCAGAUGUUCGACACGACCAAGUGUGGUUUCAUCGACACGGUCAAAAUCUCCACCAUUCUGAACACAUUGGGCCAACAGUUUGACGAAGGUGAGCUGCAGGACCUGAUCGACGAGGAAGAUCCAGAGGAAACCGGAAGGGUAAACUUCGAUCAGUUCGCCAACAUUGCCUCCAACUUCCUGAUAGAGGACGAAGACUCGGAAGCCAUCCAGCAGGAACUGAAAGAAGCCUUCAGAAUGUACGAUCGCGAGGGUAACGGCUACAUUACCACCAGCACGCUGAAAGAGAUCUUGGCCGCUCUGGACGAUAAGCUAACGAAUGACGAUUUGGAUGGCAUGAUCAACGAAAUCGAUGCUGACGGUUCGGGAACUGUUGAUUUUGAUGAGUUCAUGGAGAUGAUGACCGGAGAAUAAGCCGAGUUAAACCGAAGCUGUUCCCCAAACAACACGCGAUACACGUUCUUGCCAACAGUAGCGAAACAAAAAAAAAACAACGACUUUGUAGCAAUCGUAGCGAGCUCCAUAAUAGAAACAUUCUGCUGAAUUUCUCUGCUUGGCCACUAUUACAUCAUCAAUGCGCUCCAGCUGGCGUCACUCACGUAAAACUGCUUGGAAUUCAAUCAGAGCUUUCAAUCAACAACCAUGCAAAGCGUGUUGGCAAACCAGAAUAGGUAUUUUUCAUAAACUGUGUACCACCACCUCCACUAGGCAAUGUAGAAUUCCAUCAACAAAAAAAGCACUAUGAACAGCACAUGCUUCUAGUGAAUGAAACCCCUCCAUCCUUUUGAAUCACGUACUACUUUUCAUUUCUGUCUGUUUUCCAUCUUUUGAAAAAGAUCUGUUCUAUCCCUCAUUUUCCACAAGCUAUUCUAUAGGCAUCUAUUUUCAAGCAUUGGAAAAUAUUUUUCCCUUUCGUUUUUUUUUCUGUUUCCUCUACCCUCUCUUACAAAAGCUUUUUAGUUCGCGAGAAUUCAAAUUGACUUGCAAUUGAAUUUGCCCUAUAAAAUUACCACCACUUUUUUCCCCGAUGCCAUAGAACUUCUUGUUUUCCAUUCAACAUCUGUCCCACUUUUCCACUCCAAAGCUUUUAUCCUCCGUUCUCAUUUGCAUCUCACACUAUCCUCCUCUGUUGGGUCAUUGGGAUUCUGUCUGUGAAGGCAGCCAUCGACAAACCCAGCGAAACACACAAUUAUUGUUCAAUGUAGGUAUCGAUAAGAAAAUGUAUGACGUAAUGAAACUGCAGGAAAUAAAGUGCCGUUAUUUAUUUA